GAACAAAAAUCACGAGAUCAGAAGAAGCAGGAUAUAUGCAAGGAGCAAGAGAAAAAUUAUGUCGUGAAAUUUUAACGGAAUAUCUUGGCUCUCCUUCACUAAUCCGCAGGCCUGAAUUCUUAAAAACACAAGAACAUUUGAAUGGACUAGAACUUGAUAUAUUUUAUCCACAGUAUGGCUUUGCAAUCGAAGUACAAGGUAUACAACAUGAAAAAUAUCAUGAAUUCUUUCAUAAAGGUGAUCCUAAUAAUUUUAUCAGACAGCAGGCGCGGGAUCAACUCAAGAAAGAAUUUUGCGAAAAGAACUGGAUUGCACUAAGGUAUGUUUGGUAUUACGAAGACCCAUAUUUAAGAUUUUUGACUUUAGAACAAUAUUUAUUAUACCUAUGA